AACAGACCCAUCAAAAACUAAAAGAAGCCGAAAAUAAAUUGAACGUUUCGAGAAAGGAAGUCAUCACAUAUCAGAAUAUGCUGGAACAGUCUCAAGGCCAGUACGUAGUGCUCGAAAAGAAAUACACCAAAGCAAAACGCAUCGUUCGCGAAUUUCAGCAGCGAGAGUUGGAUAUGAUUCACAGGGAAGAAUUUUAUCAGCAGCUCUUGCAGGAGAAGGAUACAGAGUAUAAUUCGUUAGUCAAAAAUCUUAAAGAUCGAAUAAUCGCGCUGGAACAGGAUUUACUGGAUACGCAACAGAAGGCGGGGGUCCCCGUUGGUUUACCGUACGAUAGCAUCUCACUCAAGCAACUCACGCCGCAAUUGAUGAGGCGGCAACCUCCCAAGCCGCUUUUUCAAACUUUAGACGCCGAAUUAUCCGACACCGAAAUAUCGGAUACAAGUCCGGAAGAUGGCGACAAGACCGCUACGGUCGAACGAAAGUUGCCAAUUAAAGAAGAGUUCGAUAAAGCAGUGCCCCCUCACGAACUUCUAGACAUAUCGGCUAGUAAAAGUAAAGCGGAGCUGGCAAACAGAGGCGCCUUGGCGAAUAGGCAGCUACCAAGUGGUAAAAAAGGAUCUCUUAGUAACAGUAGCUCAGACUACGGUCUCGAUGAGAGUUACAAUUCGACAGACGAUCUCUCGGAGAUUGGUUCCCUAAAUCAAAAUGAUGGUUAUACGUCCGAAACAAAAUAUAAUAAUAGUGUCAUAAGGCCUAGCACGUUAAGCACAGAGCAGUCGCAGUGCAAUAACUCCCAAAGUGCAAUUUAUAGUGUGCAAAACCAUUACGGAUAUUCACAAAAUAGUGUUCAGUAUACAAAUCAGCAAACCUCACAGUACAAUUCACAGAAUCAAACAUAUAGUGUACAGCAAAAUAAUCAGCAUAUGAAUACAAAUGUUUUGUAUGCCAGAGUACAAAAGGGUACCACUCACCAGCACCAAAGUAGUCCGGAUCCUUGGCUAGGAGUUCCGAAUAAGAGUGCGAGUUUAGGGUUUUGUCCGCCGCCGUCGCUUGCGGAGCAGUUAAAGCAAGUACUGGCCGAAAGAGAGAAACGAAUAGGUAGCGAGAGCGUGAGCAAUUCGACGGACGAUUUGAGCGAAAAAAACAAAACGGCGCAACACUUACUAGAGGAGAUAAGGCAAGCAGUAAGCGAAGCGAAUGCUCGGGUGAAAAAAGUUGUGCCAGUAACACUAUCACCCCCAGGUACGACGCCUUGGCAACAGCAGGGCGCUACGUCGCCCACGCCGCCGUCGCCCUCCAGUUUAUCGUCGGGUUCGGUUUCUCCUUCUAGACAUGAUUCGUCGUGGACACAUCCCUCUGAUCUCAGUUUAUCUUGUUCGAGUAUUAGUAGCGAGAAGCGAGGCUCACAUUUUUGGCAAUCCGCUCCGGUUUCAGAGUGGAGCAAAGAACAGGUGUGCCAUUGGCUGCUAGCGCUCGGCCUCGAGCAGCACAUAACGAAAUUCCUCGAACUGCAAGUGAACGGUACCGCUCUCAUGCAACUAACCUCGGCCGAUUUUAAGAUACUGGGCAUUUGCGGUGACGAUAAAAAUCGGCUCAAACGAAAGAUAAAGGACCUAAAGAUGCAGGCCGAAAAGGAACGGAAGCAGAUCGAGAAAGACAGGAAGGAGAAGGAGAAGUUGCAGAAGAAGGCGGAUAAGAUGGCGGAGAAGGCUAGUAAGAAGAAAUAAAUAUUUUUUGUGCGCAUAGGACUAAAUUAAUUAAUAUUAUUGUUUAAAGCCAAAUAUUGACUUGUAAAUGGUUAUAGUGUAAGGUAUAGUAGAUUAUUGGUGCAUACUGUUUUUGUACCAGACCUGCCAUAUUAAAUAACGUUUAAGAAAGUAUGUUAACUAUUUACAAGUGGGAGGUUAUGUAGUAGAGUUAAGGCCGAUUGGAUGCGAGGAUUUAGUCAAAAGUGUAACCACAAUGAUACUUACGUGUUUUAGAAGUGGCGAUUCUUAGUUGUAGGCUACAAGUAGUGCUCGUGGUUACUAUUAGAAUUGCGUUAACUUUGUACGCAUCGUAUACUGAGUAUUCUAAACAAUUUGCUGUAUACACUGCGAUUGAUUUAAAUUAACGUUUUAAAUUUAUACAUCACUUUUAUUUAUUGACGAAUGAAAUUUUUUAAUGUGCAUCACCAAUUUAUUUAAACCAUUUGUAUUAGAUUCACUAAAAAUGUAAGAUAGCUGUCAAUCACACUGUAUAUAGAUUUUUAUAAUUAUUUUUAAACUUGAUUAGGAAUAAAGUUCGUGUACUGAGGUAAAUGUUGCAUACUCUUUAAUGUAACGGUACUAAAAUCUUUAACUGUAUUAAUUCGGUACUUAGAUUUUCCGCCAUACACAGGGUGUUUGGAAAUGAUUACUCUGCGCCUUGCUUCUAUUGUUCCUUUUUUCAAUUUUAGCUCAUAAUUUUAAUUUGUGAUCUUUGUAAAGUACUAAUUUAUUGAGUUUUUAAAUUUUUUUUGUUCUUGUUUGUUUUAGAUGAUUAUUUUAAUUAUUAAUGUAAAUUGCUGCUGCAGUAUUCUUAAAUUUUUUAAUUGUUUCUAGCUAAAAGCGACUAAUGCGCAUUUGUUAUCUUUAAAUUUUGUGUUAAUUAAUUAAUAGUACAAAACUCGAGUCACAUAUAUUUCUACACAUAGUGCACAGUUUUUAUUUGGGACCAAAUAUGUUUAAUUUCAUUAUAAUUUAUUUGCUCAAUUUGAGUUAUCAGUUUACACAUAUCAAAUUUGUUUUUACUGGCAGCUUAUUUUAUUCACAUGUACCUAAUUGUGAUUU